AUGUAUCCAAACCAUCAAUAUACACUAUACAGAUAUCAUCUCCAGCCUUCCCUUCCGAUCCUUCUCAAUACUUCCCAUCGUACCCAUCCUACACAUCCUACCCAUCCUACUCAUCCUACCCUUCCUCCCAUUCUACCCAUCCUACCCGUCCUACCCAUCCUAUCCAUCCUACCCAUCCUACCCAUCCUACCCAUCCUACCCAUCCUACACAUCCUACCCAACCUACCCAUCCUACCCAUCCUACCCAUCCUACCCAUCCUACCCAUCUUACUCAUCCUAUCCAUCCUAUCCCAUCCUACGCAUGCCACUAAUACUACCCAUUCUACUCAUGCGACUCAUCCUACCCAGUCUACCCAUCCAUCCCGUCCUACCCAUCCCAACCAUCCUACCCUUCCUACCCAUCCUACCCAUCCUACCCAGUCUACCCAUCUUACCCUGUCUACCCAUCCAUCCCGUCCUACCCAUCCUACUCAUCUUAUUUAUCCAACCCGUUAA